AUGACUCGCUUUCAAACACUCGAUCGCCAUUAUGACGAAGUAUUGGAAGAAGAAAAUGAGGCCACUUUAAAUAAAAAAAUAUUAGCAGACAUUAUUGCCUUAUGUCAGGAAAGAAAUUUGCCCGCAGAGGGAGACAAGCCAACUCUUAUCAAGCAACUGUUGGAUUGGAAACAAAACAUGAAACCAGUACCUGCGCCAUCUACACCACGUCUUGUAGUAUUUGACGAACAGAAACCAAUUCCUGAUAAGGCGUUUUUACAUUCCAUGCUCAUCGAUGAUGACGACUUGGAGACGAUUCCGUAUGCAACGUUAGAGAUUGGAAGAAAAUUGGGGUCCGGUGGGUUUAAGGACUGUUAUGAGGGGAAAUACAUGAAUAAACCAGUUGCAAUAGGAGAAAUUCGCGUGACUAAUUUCAGCGAGAGCGAUUUUCAGGAAAUAAAACACGAAAUUAACGUAUUAAAACAACUAUUACACGAAAAUGUUAUUCGUUUCAUCGGGGUCAGCGCAGACACAAAACAACUCUGCAUAGUAACAGAACUAUGUGAAAACGGGGACCUAUUUGAUUACAUGCGAAGGACGCCAAAACCGUCAAUCAGUCAACAGAUAAUGUUGAUGCAUGAUAUAUCAUUAGGAGUAAACUAUCUGCACACCCGACGCCCCUCGAUCAUCCACCGUGACCUAAAAUCAAUGAACAUUCUUGUAUCAGUCAGUUUACGCGCCAAAAUAAACGAUUUCGGCCUCGCUCGUAUUCGACCACGGGCUAACGCUUCAAUGCACACUCAAUGUGGCACACCCAACUGGCAAGCACCCGAAUUCUGGUCGGCAAAUCCUUCCUAUACCGAAAAAGUAGACGUCUACGCGUGUGCUUUGAUAUUCUGGGAGAUAAUGACAUGGGGCGAGCAUGGCUAUCCGUAUCAGAAUUAUUCGGAACAUCAACUAUACGAGGCAGUCAGAGAUAAGAACAUUAGGCCACCGAUGGAAAUGUUGAGGCGGUAUCCGCAGUCGUUAUUGGAAUUGGUUAGGAAUAUGUGGCAGACGGAUGCAAGAUUGAGGCUGAGUAUGGGAACUGUCGUUGACGAACUGGCUAAAUAUUUAACCUAG